AUGUUCGAUGCGAACAGGGUUCAACGAAUUAGAGAAGUUUCCCAGCCAGCACAGUGGAAAUAUGUUCCAACCACUGAUAACCCUGCAGAUCAUGCCACACGUUGUCUAACAGCUGAUGAAAUCGCCAAAUCCAACUGGCUUACAGGCCCUAAGUUUUUGUGGGAGACAGAGGCUUCACCUCAGACUGCAGACAUUGACUUGCAAAUCCCACCAGAUGAUGUAGAGGUUAAACCGACAGUUGUACAUAUUGUACAGAGAAUGAAGUUCACUAGCUUCACAGAGAGGAUGAGCAGAUUUUCUAGCUAUUCAAAGGCAGUGACAGCAGUGGCAGUCAUUGUUGAAUGUUCACUCAAGAAACGGGGAAAGUUAUUCUCCAAAACACAGGUUAGAAACUUAGCAGAGACAAACCUUAUCAGAGUUAUACAGCAAGAAACAUUCAAAGACAGUAUACAGAAUCUCCAGAAGAGAUCCACUUCUAGUCGUAGAGACGAUCCUCUAAAGAACCUGGAUCCCUUUCUCGAUGAGAAUGGUUUGCUACUGGUGGGAGGCAGAUUGAAAAGGUCAGCCUUCUUAUAUGGAGUGAAGCAUCCAAUUUUGUUGCCAAAGAGAAACCAUUUCUCAAUGUUGGUUGCUAGUCAUUAUCAUGACCGCAUAGGUCAUCAAGGUCGAGGCAUGACAAACAACGAGAUUCGCAAUCAUGGAUACUGGAUUGUUGGGUGUCGUUCGACGGUGUCGUCCCUGAUCCAAAACUGUGUUACGUGCAAAAAACUGAGAGGAAGAAGAGUGUCACAAAAAAUGGCAAACCUCCCAGAAGACAGGACAGAACCCUCUCCACCAUUUACCCACUGUGGACUGGACUGUUUUGGGCCAUUUAUGAUCAAAGAAGGACGAAAGGAGCUGAAGAGGUAUGGGUUAAUCUUCACGUGCCUCGCAUCAAGAGCUGUUCAUAUUGAGGUCUUAGAUGAUAUGUCUAUGGAUUCGUUCAUCAAUGCAUUGAGAUGCCUUAUUGCCAUUCGAGGAAAGGUCCUCAUGAUUCGCUGUGACCAAGGAACCAACUUUGUUGGUGCGAGUCAUGAACUGAAGGAGAAUCUUAACAAGUUAAACAUUGAUAGUAUCGCAAGAAAACUUCUCUCCCAAAAUUGUGAGUUCUUAUUUAACACUCUUUCAUCAAGCCACGUGGGCGGAGUAUGGGAGAGGCAGAUCCGGACUAUCAGAAGUGUCUUAGAUGGAAUCCUGAUCCAGAAUGGAACCCAGCUGAACACAUCAACUUUGCGUACAUUCCUGUACGAGACAAUGGCCAUAAUCAACAGCAGACCACUGAUGGUGGAUGAUUUGGAAGACCCUAACGGGCCCCUUCCUCUAUCACCAAACAAUAUACUCACAAUGAAGUCUGGAAUUGUCACCCCUCCACCUCCUGGAGAUUUUGUGAGGGAAGAUAAAUAUGCGAGAAAGAGGUGGCGGAGAGUCCAAUAUCUGGCCAAUCUGUUCUGGACAAG